AUGAGCAAUUUUGAACACUAUCCUGGUUUUAAUGCUGAUGAUCCAAAUUUUAAUGCCUCAGCCAAUUUUGAAACUUUGAAAAUGAAGGUAAGAUCUGAGCGCAACAACAAAAAUUUGAAAGAUUAUUGGGAAGAUAUUAUUGCCAAAUGGAAAGAGACAAAUCAAUCCUCAAAUGCCUCUUUACUGCAUAAACAUGUAAAACGUCAUAUCAUGCAAUUUAAUUAUAGGGAAGCAAUGUUGGUGCUCAACAUGGGGAAAUUUCAAUAUUUCCCUGUUAAUGCUAUAAAUUUUGCUGGAAUCAACCGUUCAAAUGACCUUAAAAUUGCUGAAGCUGCACUUCAUGAUAUGAUUAAUAAUUCCAUUGAACAGUUCUACAGAACAUAUGCAUCCUAUCCGGAAAGGCCAUAUGAUAACCUCCAGAAACUCAUUAAACAGGAUAAUAGCAUUUCUAGCAUUUCUAAAUGCAUUAACAUUCAACCUGCUAUAUUACAACCUGGUAUGGGAAAAUCUGUAGAAAUUCAGAAAGUAUUAACACUAAGCAAUAUCUCAGAUAUAACUUCAGUACUUCAACUAAGGAUUUCCUCCUAUGACAAAUUUGGUAGAGGUGGAAAAACAAUUCGUGAAUGGAUUUUGAAGCAGGGUCCAAGUGACCAGUUGAUGAAUUACUGGGCUAGUCCUGAAAUCACUGAACUCCGUAAGACCUACAAGGCUGUUGCUUAUCUAGUGGUUAUUGUUAGUUCUC